AUGGCUUCACCUAAUGGUUUUUUUAACCACUUAACCUAUUUUCUGGCUGCUGGUGCUGUUAGUUUGGGAAUUGGUUUCUUUGCUUUGGCAUCUGCUUUGUGGUUCCUGAUUUGUAAACGAAGAGAAAUAUUUCAAAAUUCCAAAUUUAAAGCAACCAGUGAGAGAUUCAGGCAAAAACCAUCAAAGGCAAAGAUUAAAUCUCAUUCUCAGUGUGUUUUUAUUUCUCGAAAUUUUCAUACUGGAAGAUUCCAAUUACAGGAGGAGCAAAGAAAAAAGGAAGCAGCACGUAUGAAAGCAAUUAAAGAUCACUCUAAAAAUGAAUUCCACCUUGCAACAAAAAAGGUCAUCUGUGAUUCUCCAGAGACUAGCUCGGCAACAAAUGGCAGCAGCGUUCCACUAAGCUUAUCAACAUUACCGUCUGAGGCUUAUUACAGCCAAAGCAUAGAAGCAGCUGAAGACUGGUUUUCUGAUGGUUCUCUAGCAGAAAAGAAUUCUACAAAGCCUUUUCUCAAGGAACCUCUAAUGGAAAAAGUAUUUUCAUAUCUGUCAACAAUUUCAUUAGAAGAAUGUACUGGAAAUGUAAAGAAUAUGGCACUUUAUGAUGAUGAAAAAGAUGACAACAUUAAGGAAAUAUUUACACGAAGAAACACAGAAGUCGAAAUACAAAACCUUCAACAUAAUACUGAAUGA